AUGUCCACCAGAACUAAAAGAUGUAGGUUUCACGAAAAUAACUCCGGGGAUGAGGAGAGGAACAAAAAUCUGGGAAAUUUUGAAGAUAAUUUCCAGUUGGAGGAAUUUAAUGCAAGAAAAAUAUUAAAAAGUUUAAAGUCAGAGCCACCUAUUAAUUGGGAAUUUUUGGGUAGGGCAAAUGAAUUUAAAGAAAUAUCCGAGUAUCUUAAAAAAUGUAUCUUGGGAAAUAUUUCCGGGAUUAUUCAUAUUUCUGGCUCUCCAGGAACAGGGAAAACAUGUACUUUAAACCGUAUUUUAGAUAUUUUAGAAAAUAAUUCAUCAAAGAAGUUAGGGUUCGUAAAACCUACAAAUUACAAGGUAAUCCGUACAAAUGCAUCAAAAAUUGCUUCAAAUUUUAAUAAAAACUCGGGCUCACUGAAUGGAAUUGCACUUUUUGUUCAUUUAUUGGAGUUAAUGAAUUUUCGAGCUCGUAUAAUUGAAGAAUUUAAAAUAAUUAGUAAGAAUGAAGGAUUCCAAGAAUGCAUAAUAUAUUUCAUGAAACAAAUUUUAAAUAAAAGAACCAAGUUUGUUGUAUUCAUCGACGAAAUAGAUUUAGUUCGGAAGAACCGGAGUAAUGGGGAUGCUGUCUUUGAAUUAUUCAAAGCAAUAAUUAACUUUCCAGAUUCUGGGUUGGUGCUUCUGGCCGUUUCUAAUACAGUAAAAAUAGGUAAUGAAAUGGUAAAGAAAAUUGGAGUUGAUCUUAAUGAUAAUGGAAGGAUUAAACUUAUGGUUUUCUCUCCAUAUAGCCACAAUACAUUAAGAGAUAUAGUUUUGCAAAGAAUAAAUUGGGCAAAUAACCAUAAAAACGAUUCUAUAAUCAGCAAGGCUGGUAUUGAAUUGUGUGUUAGAAAAGUUGCGAGUCUUUACGGUGACUGUAGAAGAACAUUAGAUGCAUGCUAUUUAACCUUAGGAAAAUUUGUUUUUGAAAGGCAAAGCCAAAUCCAAAAGGAGCAGAUAAAUACAGAAGAAGGUGAAGAUAGCAAUUUAAUCGGAGUUGAGAAUUUAAGUAAUGUAUCUACAAGAGAAAAUAGCCCCACACUAAAUAGGGGUCCUCAAAACAGACAGGAAGCUAAUUGUCUACGAAGACUAAGAACUAGAUCAAUGCCUACAAAUAUGACAGUACCUAUUGGUAGCUUUCAAAAUGUUAUUGGAAAAAUUCACCAAUCAAGUCAGGGAAGGUUACAAAUAAUUAAAACUCUUCCUCUUCACCAGCAAUAUGUUUUAAUGGGAAUUAUUCUGGCAAUUGCCGAAGAACAAAAUCAAACGAAAAAAGGCUAUAAUGAAAACUUUUGUACCGAAGAGAAUAAGCUUUCAUUUUCAAAACUAACUAAUACUGAAAUAUUAAUAUGCCAUUUGAAAAGGAAAUACCAACAAAUAUGUGCAGAAUUAAUGACUCCUCCUGAAGAAUACAAAGAUAUGCUCGAAGCCUUAGAAUCUAACAAUAUAAUAUCUAUUUCAAAUGGUGUUGGGAGCACAAAGAAAAAAAGCAGUUCUUUUCACAGAGGCGCAAUAAGGGUCAACAACAAUAAAGAAUCUAAGAUAGAACUAAUGUUCCCACCGGAAAAUGUGAUUGAUGCCCUUACUUCUCUACCGAAGCUCGGAACGAUAUUCUCAAGUCUAAUGCCUUGCUAG